AUGAAGCCGAGCCUGGAGGCCGCCGCCGCGGCUAAGGAGCCGGAGCCCGGGCAGCAGCAGGCGGCGGCGGCGCCCCGGGAGCCCGAUGCGCGCUGGAGGGAGAAGGGCGAGGCGGAGGCGGAGCGGCAGCGCACCCGGGAGCGGCUGGAGGCCACGCUGGCCGGGCUGGGCGAGCUGGACUACCUGCGCCAGCGGCAGGAGCUGCUGGUGAAGAGCCUGCUGCUGAGCCACCCGCCGGGGGCCGCCUCCAGCGCCGCGGGGGCCCGCGGGGAGCCGCCCGGGGAAGGGGACGCCCAGCGCAGCCUGGAGGAGAAGUUCCUGGAGGAGAACAUCCUCCUGCUGAGGAAGCAGCUGAACUGCUUGAGAAGGAGAGAUGCUGGUCUAUUAAAUCAGCUGCAAGAACUAGACAAACAGAUAAGUGAUCUAAGACUGGAUGUAGAAAAGACUUCAGAUGAGCACCUUGAGACAGACAGUCGGCCAAGUUCAGGAUUUUAUGAGCUGAGUGAUGGGGCCUCUGGAUCACUUUCCAAUUCCUCUAACUCAGUCUUCAGUGAGUGUUUAUCCAGUUGCCAUUCUAGCACCUGUUUUUGCAGCCCUUUGGAGACAUCUUUGAAUAUCUCGGAUGGACGCCCAAAAUCUGCAGAUCUCAUAGGCUGGAUGGAUUAUAAUAAAGAAGGCCAGCACGAGGACCCGGCAUCAGGUGCUGUCUGUCGUUCGCACUCCAAUUCCCUUGAUGUGGUUGCAGAUGUACAUCCAAAGUAUCAGUGUGACUUAGUAUCUAAAAAUGGGAAUGACGUGUACCGUUACCCCAGUCCCCUACAUGCAGUAGCCGUGCAGAGUCCAAUGUUUCUUCUACCAGUGACUGGUAAUCCCUUGAGAGAAGAAGAGAGACGUGGUUGCAAUGUUAAUGAUGUUUGCAUUGGAGCUGAACUAGACUCAGUAAAAACAGGCAAUUCCUUUCUCCCGCAGAGCUCAUGGUCUGUAUCCUGUCCUUCAGCCAACAAAAAAAUAGAUGGUUACAUCUUGAGCCUUGUUCAGAAAAAGACGCAUUCUGUGAGGACUAACAAACCGAGAACAAGUCUGAAUGCUGACCCCACAAAAGGCAUUUUGAGACAUGGGAGCAUGUGUGUUAGACAGACCGCGGCUGUUUCACAUACUAACAUUGUGAACCUGAAGAAUUCCAAACAAGCAUGUUUGCAUUCCAGUGGAACAACCACUUUGGAUAAUGGCACCUUCUCGUCAUUAAAUCAGCGGUCAAACGAAUCUAAUGGGGAGCAGCUGGAAAGCAGGAAGGUGCCUACGGCUGCAGCCUACCCACCAAGUGCUGUCAAUGAACUUCAAAGCAAACAUCUGUCAAGGAACGUCAAACCAGCAUCUCAAGAACUAAACUGGUGUCCUGUAGCUACGACAGGGGAUAUCCCAAAGGAAAAUGGCCAACUCUUUGCUACAUCUCCUAAAGAAAGUCCUGGUAGGCAUACAGCACUGCAGCAGGAGAAUAAAGUGACCCAGCCACCCAAAAAGCUACUGCUAAAAAACCACUUGCAAGCGGCUCACCCCACUUCACUUCCUUUGGAGGAGAGGCCCAUGUUGGAUUUCAAGAGUGAGGGCUCUUCCUCUCAGAGCCUGGAUGAAGGUUUGCUGGUUAGUGCUCAGUACAUACCAGCUCCACAGCAAAGCCUUAAGCUUCACAAAGGCACCAAAAGUGUCAAAAUUCUGAAGAGCUCUACUCUGAAACACAGGUCCCACCUGGCCAGCCUGCUGGAAAGCAACGCGCCAACCAUGCGGGAGAAAACCAAGCCAAUUGGCAAAAAGUGUCGUUUCCCUGAUGACUUGGAUACAAAUAAGAAACUUAAAAAGCCCUCUGUGAGAGGGAAGAAAAGCAGCAGUUCACAGCUGGAGCCAAGCCUCCCAAGCAGGCAGACUGGCCUCCAUAAAACUGUGAUCAAAUCUCACGGACAUGGCAGAGAAGCAGUUGUGGCCAAACCUAAGCACAAGCGAGGAGAUUAUCGCCGGUGGAAGUCAUCGGCAGAGAUUUCCUACGAGGAAGCCCUGAGAAGGGCAAGAAGAAACAGGAGAGAAGCCGUAGGGGUCUAUUCACAAGUUCCCCUUCCGUACGUCAGCCCCUACGCUUACAUUGCUAGUGACUCCGAGUAUUCAGCAGAGUGCGAAUCCCUGUUCCACUCCACCGUAGUGGACACCAGUGAAGAUGAGCAGAGUAACUACACCACAAACUGCUUUGGGGACAGCGAGUCCAGCUUGAGCGAGGUGGAGUUCGUUGGGGAGAGCACGACGACUAGUGACUCCGAUGAAAGCGGGGGGCUUAUUUGGUCUCAGUUUGUCCAGACUCUUCCUAUCCAAACGGUGGCCGCUCCGGAGCUGCACGAAAAUGCAGCAAAGGCCUUUGUCAAAAUUAAAGCCUCGCAUAACCUCAAGAAGAAAAUCCUUCGCUUCCGAUCUGGCUCUCUCAAACUGAUGACGACUGUCUAA